GAGAGGAGGUGCUGAAAGGGACUCGAUACCGCCCCCCCGUCCGCAAAAAAAAAAAAAAGCCUGGAAGAAUUGCGCUCCGCCAGUGCGCCCUGCCUGCCAGUCGGAGGAUGGGGAUUUUUUUCCAUUCAUACGCGUCCCCUUUUCCCCUCCUCCUUCUCUCAAACCAGCCAGUCGCUCUGUCAAUGCGCUGCGAGCAUUAGGACGAGUCAAACCAGUGGGAUUUUUGCGCCCGAGAGACGGAUGCGAUAACGCACGAAGCGCUUCCCCCCCCCCCUGACCGAGAGGCAACGCGUCCGGCUCUCCACAAGAUGCGCCGCAUCAGAUAGACGUCGAUUUCCAACAGGAACCGCUGCUCCCAACUCGCGUCUUAUUUUUUAUUACUCCACAAGUUUCCCGUCGGCCUUUGUGCGACGUUAUGAGAGCGGGGAUGAUUUUCGGGCUCUUGGGUUUGUUUCUCUCUCAGUUUUCCUGAACUGACCUCUUGGAUUUAUCGAAAUAUUCGGAUCCCGUUUCCUUUUGUAUUUCUGCAGCGAGCUACGGGAUUUGCGGAUUUACAGCGUGCGCGCAUUUUCCAAAGAGGAGAAUAAGGAUUGUACAGCACAUGGACUGAGCCCACCGUGCAUCAGUGGGUCUUCAUGAGGAUGGAGCUGUGGACACGAGUGGCAUCUUGCACACUGUAAACGCAUUGGCCCGAUCGCACUCAUUUCCUUCCAACAAAGUGACAUUUCUUCUCGGCUCCGGUCUGAUAUGUUGGGAGGUAGAUCUUCUUGCGGGAAAACAAGGUAAUGGGAGAGAAAUCACACAGAGUCGGUGCAGAGAACAAGGGAACAUUGUUCGGAAUAAGACAAUUAGGGCGCAGCGAAAGGCAACAGAAAUAGCUCCUGGGUGGCGAUAAAUUUCUGAAAAUUCGACUGAGUGGAGUUAUAUCUAAGCUGAGCGCCGCCGCGUUGGAAGGAGGAGGACUAAUGACAAAUUAAUGGGAAAGUCAUGGGAUUGGCACUGAAAUAGUACGAGCGUGGACGCGCAGAAAACCCGUCGCUUUCGGAGCCGCAGACGCACGGGAUUGAACAAGUUCCCCCCCGGUGCGUUUUCGGGGUUUGAUUGAGUCCAGUUCGCCUCGUUUCGGAUCCAUGCGGUUACACAGAGCAGGCUCUCGCCUCACACUUUGACUGCCUGUCUGCCCAGAGCCCGCUCGGCUGUGGUCGCACAUCCAUUGUUUUGAGAGUGUCGUCGCAAGAGCGUCGAAAACGUAGAAAUCCCCCCGGGUUCUUUUUUUAAAUGGGGCCUCACAUGAUGCUGGGUGUCAGGGUUGAGAUGGCGUGUCGACGAGGUGGGAAUGGUUUGGGAAUCCUGCUGGUAUUCUUACUGGAUUUACUGGGGACGACGGCCAGCAACAUGGAGCCCAUCUACUGGAAUUCCCUGAACGAAAGGUUCAGGGACGAGAAAGGCUACGUGCUGUACCCUCAGAUCGGGGACCGGCUGGACCUCAUCUGCCCCCCCCUGGACACGGCCCGCUCCACGCCGGAGUACGAGUUCUACAAGCUGUACCUGGUGUCGUCGCGGGAGCAGGCCGACCGCUGCGAGGUGAUGGGCGCCCCCAACAUCGUGCUCACGUGCGACGAGCCCAGCCGCGAGCGCCGCUUCACCAUCAAGUUCCAGGAGUUCUCGCCCAACCUGUGGGGCCACGAGUUCAAGAGCAUGCACGACUACUACAUCAUCGCUACGUCUGAUGGGACCCGCCAAGGCCUGGACAGCAUGAGAGGUGGAGUGUGUGCCACGCAAGGCAUGAAGGUGGUCCUGAAAGUGGGACAGAGCCCGUAUGGAUUGCCUCCGAAGAAGGAGCCAGCAGGACGCACCACCAGCAGAAACCCAGGCGGCGCGAGCAACGGCACCCAGUCCCGGGGAUCCGGCGGCUUCGGGGGCGAGGGCGAGAACGGGCCCCUCCAGCCCUCCAACAUCGCCCUGAUCGCGGGCGCCGCCGGGGGCUCCGCCUUCCUGCUGCUGGUGACCGCCGUGAUCUGCGUGGUGUGCUACCGGCGGCGGCACGCCAAGCACUCGGACACCCACCACCCCCCGCUGUCGCUCUCCUCCCUCACCAGCCCCAAGCGGGGGGGCGGCGGGGGCAUCAGCAGCUCCAACAACAACGGCUCCGAGCCCAGCGACAUCAUCAUCCCCCUCCGGACGUCGGACUCGGCCUACUGCCCGCACUACGAGAAAGUGAGCGGGGACUACGGGCACCCUGUCUACAUCGUGCAGGAGAUGCCGCCACAGAGCCCGGCCAACAUCUACUACAAAGUAUGAAACGGCUUCAGCUCCGGGCAACUGGACACACCCACCGCUCUCCACCCAUUAGCCACCAAUCCCCUCCUCCAGUCGAAGCCACAGCAAAGCUUUCCGUCACAGCUCUGACUCCAAACCCCCCGAUGCUACCGUUAUUGUCCUAUGGACCCCCCUCUGCGCCCUGUGAGCCCACACCCCCGGCCACAGCUAAAUAAGCCACCUCACCCUGGUCCCUACACAGCUGGGCCUCUAAGUGUGUGUUAAGGGCAGUGUCGUACCCGGACGUAGCCCUUCUUAACAAGGCCCUAACAAGGGGGCAUGAGCCUCUGAGUGCCCCCUUCUUGUUCACUCAGAGCUCUGUAAGCCCCACCCACAACGAAUUAAAGCGUUGUCCCAGUGUGUGUGUGUGUGCCACACGCUGCUUUUCUAGGAACACGGACCCGACGUUGGGACGAGAGGUUUUAAAAAAGAAAACCGAGAAAGUACAGAACUACAACUUAAAAACAAAAGACACCCCUGAGAGAACCCCCAUAGCCGCCGGAGAACUCUGCUUCCCAGAGGCCACGGUUGCCCACCCGCUGCACCGCCCCCCUCAGAGCAGAUCAGCCAAUCAGAGACCGGCCCCCGCCACUAACUCACCAAUAGGAUUCUAGUUUGUUUUUUUUGUUUGUUUCUCCAGAGAUAACCGGGGCCUCGGACUCCGAUCACCAAGCCCGGGCCACGGUCGCGCGACCGGGCCCGGCCCGAGGAGGUCCGACCGAUCGGUGACACUCAGAAUCUUGUAUAUUUUAAUAACGUGCGUGUGCGAUCGUGCGAGUGCGCGUACGACUCGGAUAAUAAUUGCCGGCGCUGCUGCUCCACAUUAGACGUGUGCGUGCAGUGAGUGUGCUUCACUACAGCCGGUCUGCAUAUGAGUUGGCAUAUGUCUGUGUGGGGGUUUAGUUUGUGUGAGUGUGUACGUGUGUGGAUGCUUUGUGUGCGAACGCGUGGGUUCUUUAGACUUGUCUUAAAUACCAAAACACAAAAUAGUGAGCGAAUAUCAAAAAAGUGAGAUUUUUUUAUCGCUAUCAACACUUAUAGAUUAUAUAUAUGAAUAUCCAGUAAAUAAUUUCUAGAUGUUUUGUUUUCUAUUGUUUAUUAUUUUUACCCACUUUGUUAAACUACACUUCUGUUGCUAGGCAUUUUUUAUCUGCUGUUUUUGUUUGUCACAACUUAGAACGACCUUGUUUCCUUUUCCCUUUGCGCUGUAUAUUAAUUUAAUCCCUUUUUUAAUUUUCCCGGUGAACAGAGGUUGUUUCUCUCUUCCUCUCUUCCCUCUCUCAUUCGCUCCCUCCUCCCCUUCCUCUCCUCCCCCCCUCCCUCCCCCUCUAGGGUCUCUGAACUCUGUGUAUAUUUUUAUAGCUCCUUGUACUAUGCUGUAGUUUUGAAGUUUAGACCUCGUUUGUGGAAGUGUUGAGGUAGAACCAUCUAUGAAAGUUUUUUUCUUUUUCCAAACGCUUUUUUUAAAACGCAAAAGUAAAAAGAAGUGAGGGGCAGGGGGGGGGCAGUGAUGGUGGGGAAUGCGGGGAGGGGAGGGCGGUGAAAUGAAAAAGAAGAAUAAAGCGAAAAGAACAGGGCGAGAGAGAGAGAGAGUGCUGUCUGGGGAGGAGGAAUAAAGCGGCGUCUGAAUGCUGAAGUGAAAAAAAAGAGAGGGAGGGAGGGAGACGAGGAAAGAAAGGACUGUGGAGGAAUUGCACACUAAAGGAAACGAAGCUGAACGGGAGGGGAGGACGGGAGCGGCAGGAGUGUGGGAUGAAGGAUCCCGAGGAAAGGAAGGAAGGAUGGAGGGAGCAGAUGAACUGGCAAAAAGGAGAGAAGGGCUCGGGCCUCCCUGAAUGGAGGCGACGCAAACCCAAACGGAUCCUGGAGGAGUUGAACUCAAACUAUGGAACAGGAGAGAGCUCAUCUCACGCACGCACACGCACACACACACACACACACACACACACACACACACACACACACACACACACACACACACACACACACACACACACACACGCGCACACACACACGCGCACACACACACACACACGGUCACACUUUACAUUAACGUGACGUGGCACGUUUCAGAUUUGCUCCUCUUUUCUGCCAUCAUUUGUGUUGAGAUGCAUCUUCUGGACACCCCCCCCCCCCCCCCCCCCCCACACACACACACACACGACAGAACCCACCUCCCGUCGGUACACUCUGUCUCCCUCCGUUUGACACACACCCUCCCACGCAGCCUGACACACAUUUCACACCUUUUAAUGACUGUCACAAAUGCCUUCUGAUUGCAUUGAAUGACAUACAUUUUGUCCCGCUGCCGCUCGCUGUCGCCGCAAAAUGCGCCCUCGCACGCACACUUUCACCCACACUCGACGGAAAACGCUGAUUGCUUUCAGAUGACUCGGCGUUUGUGUGAUUGCGUCUGACCCGACGGACAUGGGAGGGACGGACCGAGUGCUCGGUGUGCGUUCGCCGCUCUUUCACACGCCCUCACGCUCGCGCACACAAGCGCCUCGACCUCGAGGGGGGCGGUGACACAACGCCGCGUCCGGAGGUGCUCACGUGUGCAUACUAAUAAAGCUGUUUUGUGUUGCUGAAACAUGUUUAUGGCUUAUGUGUAAACUGGGUGGCAUUGGAGAGCUUAAGCUGUUGUUUUUUUUCCAAACACACACACACACACACACACACACACACACACACACACACACACGCACACACACACACACACACACACACACACACACACACACACACACGCGCACACACACACACGAGGCCUCCAGUAAUAUAGCCAUGUUUUCUGUGUGAAGCCAGUGUUUAAAUCUGAACCUUUUAACAUUUCUCUGCCGUGUUUUGUAUCAGUAUCUAACAUCAUAUUACGAGAUAUCUUUCAUAUCUUCAGCGUCACAUUCGUCCAAAAUGUUCAACACAUGAUGAUGAUGUUCAGAUAUGUUGUUUUUCUUUUUAUACCACGGAUCAUUUUGGAUUGUAUUUGACUGUGUGGAAACUGAUUUCAACGGUGAAAUGAGAGGAUUCUUCUUUUUGUACAACUACAAACCUGUGUUGUUUCCGUUCCUUUCGAUGUAUGUUGUUAAGUCUGUGUCUAUUUAAAACAUGCUCAGAGUACCUAAAACAAACCCUCCAAGCCAAAUGAAGUGUCUGCUUCUCCGACUCUUUGGAGCACUCGGAUCCAAAAUGACAGUGUUUUAAUCGGACACGCUUUGCUGCCUUUGAGGGGUGAGACAAAACUUCUUGGACUUCUGCGGCAUCGAUUCCCAGCGAAGACGCCACCCGCCCCGCUUUGAGUCCGUUUCGCUCCCUCGCUGCCCGCUCCCUCUCGGCAGAAUGUCAGCUAUCUCUUGGACUCAAUUUUUCCUUUUUGUUCCUACAUUUUUAAUUGAUUUUCAUGUCGAUGUUAUUUCAGAGUUGUCUCUCUGGCUAUCACUGUUUGUGUUUGACUGAUUGACUCGACGUGUUGGCUUUUCUACAAACCACGGACACAGCCACCGGUUGUCAUGUUGAAAAGAGAAAGAAGUGUUGAUUCUAUGGAACGGGUGGAGGGGACGAGAGAGAGAGAGAGAGAGAGAGAGAGAGAGAGAGGGCAACGAAAGCAACUACCACCCAGAUCCCUCACCUCUCAGCUGGGAAUGUGUGUGUGUGUGUGUGUGUGUGUGUGUGUGUGUGUGUGUGUGUGUGUGUGUGUGUGUGUGUGUGGUGUGUGUGUGUGGUGUGUGUGUGUGUGUGUGUGUGUGUGUGUGUGUGUGUGUGUGUGUGUGUGUGUGUGUGUUUCUUUGUGCCAAUAGCCAGCGAGCCGAGGCCGUGGAGCGAGGUGGCUCUCAUAUGUGACGUGUUGAGACUUUGUAUUGGGGACACCUCGGUGUGAGAAGGGUUUUUUUUGUGUCCUCUCCUCUUUCUCUCUCCUCCUUACUCCCUUGUCUACUCAUCACGGCGACCCCUUCCUCCCCUCUUCCCCCUCCCCCCUUCCCUUCCAACACACCUCUAAAGAGAGGAAAAAACUAGUACAUUCCUGGUUUGGAAAAAAAAAUUUGAAUAAAAAACAAACAAAAAUGUUUAAGCACCA